CAAAAUUCCAGUUUCAUUUUCCAGUUCUUAUCUCAGCCGUCCAUUCAAGCUUAUAAACCCCUGUAAUGCCAUAAUAUCGCGCUUUUGAAAUCGAAUAAAUCUCACAAAGAGGGAAAAGUGAGCUUGAUAAUCUGUUCUAGUUUGAUCGAAAUCUCAUGCAAAUGUAUCUGAAUCGUGAAUCUCAUCAGAUUGCUUAACCAGAUCACAGCAUUUCAUCCGGUCAUUUCGAUUUCUCAUCUCCAAGGUACUUACUUUCACUCCGAUUCCAAACCUAGCAUUUCAUUUCACCCAGGAUGAUUCGGGAUUCCAAAUUCCUUCGCCGAAAUUCAAAAUGUUUGGAUUCAGAUGAGGUCGAAAACAUACCAGCAAAUCCAGGGGAUUUGCUGGGUUCUCAGACCUGUGUCGAUCUAACUAGACCUCCCUUAAAUACGAUUCAUGAACUAAUCCCGACCAGAGCUGUUUCCAAGCAAGAACAUGGUGUUAAGAUGUCAAAAGUUGAUAGAACUCCCACCAAAAUGAAGAAGAAAGCUUCCGAUCCUCUUCAAACACACGAAAAUCAACACUUGGCUACUAAAAAUCGUUUUGCCGAGGUUUGUGAGGAAAACCGGGUUGAUUCAGCUAAGUGUGACAGUCAAUCAAGCCGAGGGACUGGUAAUGGUGCCAUUUUAGCUCCUAUAACUACUCCUAGGUCAACUAAGGUAGCUGGAAGGCCUAGUUCGGGAUAUUCAGAAUGUAGUUCUACCAAGAGCACUCCAACUAAGAUUGUUAGUAAGCCUCCAAAUCCUGGUCUGAUGAAUGUUUCCCGUCCACCAGUAAAUGGAGGUUCUAGAAUAGGGAGUUAUGCUGCAUUAUCGAAAGGGAUUCCAGUUUCGUGUGUUCCCUCUACUGUUGUUAAUGCAGUUGAUGUGCCUCAUUUUGAUCUUAAUGAAGACUUAUCUUUCUGGAUGGAGCAUAAUGCACAGGUUUUGAUACGUGUUCGACCUCUGAAUAAUAUGGAGAGGAGUACUUGUGGUUACAAUAGGUGUCUGAAGCAAGAGAGUGCACAAUCCAUCACAUGGGUUGGUCAGCCAGAAACUCUGUUUACAUUUGAUCAUGUAGCCUGUGAAUCAAUUGACCAGGAAACACUUUUUAAAAUGGCAGGUCUACCAAUGGUGGAGAACUGCUUAUCUGGAUACAAUAGCUGCAUGUUUGCCUAUGGGCAGACUGGAAGUGGUAAGACACACACAAUGCUGGGAGAGAUUGAGGAAUUGCAAGUCAAGCCCUCUCCUAACCGUGGAAUGACUCCAAGAAUAUUCGAGUUCUUAUUUGCCAGAAUACAAGCUGAAGAAGAAAGCAGAAGAGAUGAGAAAUUGAAAUACAAAUGCAAGUGCUCUUUCUUAGAGAUAUAUAAUGAACAAAUAACUGAUUUGCUUGAUCCUUCAUCUACAAAUCUAUCAAUAAGGGAAGAUAUCAAGAAAGGCGUCUAUGUUGAAAAUCUUUCAGAGUUUGAAGUUCAAACUGUUGGCGACAUUCUCACUCUUUUGAGCCAGGGUUCUUCCAAUAGACGAGUCGCUGCUACAAAUAUGAACAGAGAGAGCAGUCGUUCACACAGUGUUUUUACAUGCGUGAUUGAGAGUAGAUGGGAAAAAGAUGCAAUUUGCAACCUAAGAUUUGCACGACUAAAUCUUGUCGAUCUUGCUGGCUCUGAAAGGCAGAAAAGUUCUGGUGCUGAAGGUGAACGUCUAAAGGAGGCAGCAAACAUCAAUAAAUCAUUGUCCACAUUAGGUCACGUGAUAAUGGUUCUAGUAGAUGUAGCAAAUGGAAAGCCGAGGCAUAUUCCUUACAGGGAUUCAAAGCUGACUUUUCUUCUUCAGGACUCACUUGGUGGAAACUCGAAGACGAUGAUAAUUGCUAAUGUGAGCCCUUCCAUGGGCUGCGUUGCUGAAACUCUUAACACUUUAAAGUUUGCUCAAAGAGCAAAACUCAUUCAGAAUAAUGCAAUUGUCAAUGAAGAUUCUUCUGAAGAUAUCAUUGCGCUGCAACACCAGAUAAGAAAUCUUAAAGAAGAGCUUUCUUUCCUCAGACGCAAGCAUGUUUCCAGGUCUAUAUCUUUUGGGCUGGGUGAUAGGCUAAAGUACCUUGAAAAUGAUUGCGAAGAUAAAGAAAAUGAAAUGGAACAGCAGCAUUUUAACUCUUCUGGAUCUGAGUCCAAGGACGUUAUUAGGAUGUCUUCUUCUAAUCAGAUUAAAUCACUGGAGACAACUCUUGCUGGCGUGUUGAGAAGAGAACAAAUUGCAGAUAGUACUAUUAAGCAACUUGAAGCUGAAAUUGAACAACUGAAUCUCUUGGUUUAUCAGAAAGAGGACGACACCAGGUGCACAAAAAUGAUGCUGAAAUUUCGGGAGGAAAAAAUCCAGAGGUUGGAGUCGCUUGUUGGUGGUCUAAUUACUCCAGAUACAUAUUUACUUAAAGAGAAUAAUUUACUAUCUGAAGAGAUUCAGCUGCUUAAAGAUAAACUUGAUAGAGAUCCAGAAAAUGUCAGGAUUUUAGAACAACCUAGAAGAGUUCAAGAUCUCUAUGAAGGGGAGAGGAAUGUUCUGCUAUCUGAGGUAUCUCAACUAGGUGAACAGUUAAACAAAGCUCUCAAAGACCUGGAAGACUGCAGAAACAACUUAUCCUUAUCCGUAGAGAAUAAAGCCAGGGUCCAAAAUGAAGUUAAUGUGUUGUGUGCUUCACUUGAUUGCAGUACUGAAGUCACAAAGGAGCUGAUAAUUGAAGCUAAGGGUCAAUCACUUCAAGGAGAUGGAAAAGAUAAUGGAAUGAUGAGUCACGGAACUUGUGCUCAUCACAUAGAAGACUUAGUGAACUUGCAAUUAGAGAUUGAUAUUCUAAAGAUUAUUCUUACAGAAGAAAGGUCAUCUCAUGCAGAAAUGGAGGAAAAAGAAAGGUUCUUUUGUAGGGAUCUAGAGUUGGUAAACGGAAAGCUUUUAUUGAUGACUAAAGAAUAUGAAAAUGUUAAAGCAGAACUUAAGGAAGCAACAACCGUUAUUGAAUCCCUGGAGUCCCAACAAUUUCUCUCAAUCCAUGAAAUUGAUGAUCUUAGGAAUACAAACAACCAGUAUGCAGUGCUUUUAAAAGAGAAUGAGCUUGAAAUCUCUUCACUGAAGGAACAAAUAUCAUGUAAUAAUGUAAGAGACCCCCAUUUAGAAGAAAAACUCAAGAAGAUGCAAGAGUCUCUUGAAAAGGCCAAGAGAAUGAAUAUAUGGUACCAAAAAGCUCGUUCAUUUCAGUCAUGUAAUGAAGAAGAAAUAGAUGAGGUUUGUAGACAAGCUGAAGCUGAAACUGCUGAGGUGAUAGUCUGUUUGCAAGAUGAAGUCAACAUUCUUGAGGAGCAAGUUCACCUCAGUAAUCAAAAGGAGACCGAGUCCAAAGAUAAGUUACUGCAUAUGCAAGCUGAUCUGGAGGAACUACAGGGAAAAUCAUUUCUUAUGGCCCAAGAGCUACAACAAAAGGAUGAAGAAUUAAGAUCUUUAUCUAAAACCUGGGAGUUAUUUAUCAAAGAGAUUGAAACUAAUCUUGUUGAAGGGCACAAGGUGCUAGAUGAUGCUUCACGCCAGUUUGACUUCACUUCAAGUUCAUUAAUACAGAGGAGAUCCUGGAUAUUUGAACAAGUGAUGAAUAUCCAAUAUAUGGUAGCUGAAAGAGAUUUACUGAUUCAAAAACUCAAUUCUUGUUUAUAUGAUGCCGAUGAGAAAAGAGGUGAGAUUGAAAAUAUGUUGAGGUCUUUGAGAGGGGCAGUACUGGUAAUAACUGAAGCACAUCAACAAGAAUGCAUUGCAAAGGAGAAUGAAAUCAUGUUUCUGAAGUCUGAACUAAGCUCAAAAGUAUCUACAAUCGCACUACUGGAGAAUAAGUUCAUGCAAAAGGAAGAACAACUACAAAAAGCAUCAACAUGUGCCACUGCUGCUUUUGUGGUAGUGAAUCGGCUGUCUGAGGUGAACUCCUUAUACGUGGAUAAAUUAAAUUUGAAUGAGGGAUCUCUUCAUAAUCAGGAUGUUGAAGUAAGGGAUCUAAGAUUGCAGCUUUCUGUGGAGAAAGAAAAUACUUGCAUAAUGGAACAGAAACUGGAAGACACUAAAAAACAGGGCAUUUUGAAAAUGGGUGAGAAAGUUUCUGAAGUACUAAACAGUGUUUCAGAACUCAGGUCAUGCAUCGAUAUUUCAAGAAAGAGUGCUGAAGAUCAAGAUGAUGACAUCAUCAUCAGCAAAUCACAGCAAGCUAGGUCGUUGCAGGAAGAUAAACCAAUGAAACUGAAAUCUGAUAUUGGUAGCUAUGGAGAUCCUACUAUUGUUCUUUUGAGAAAUGAAUUGGAAUCUGCUCUUGGAAGCUUGGAUGAGGUGGAAGUUGAGAUAAGAAAGCUGUGUCUUGAGAAAGACGAGAUUCGGAUAUCUGAAAAUCAGUGUAGGGAGAAGAUGAAAUCUCUUAUUUCCCAAUUACUUUCCUUUGAGGCAAUCGUGAAUAACUUUGAGAAGCAAACUGGACAAAAAAUUGCAUCUUUGGAUCACAAGUUAAAGGAAAUUCAGGAACUUGUGCAAGAAGCUAGCUGUUGUUGGUUCCCUGAAGAAAGAGAGUCGCUUAGGUUCAAACACGGGAAUGCAAAGAAAUCGACACAACAGAUAAGUGACGAGCCUUAUUGUUCCCUUUCAAAAUUCAAAGAGGCUCAUAUUACUAUGAUGGAGGCAGACAUGGUGAUAAACGGGCUAAUGAUAGCAAAUGAAACUAUGAAGCUCGAAGUCAAGGAGCUGAAGAAGAUCGAGAUCACAUUGACCAAAGACAAGAAUUCCCUUGUAGAACAUUACAAAUCCCUUGAGGAAAAAUACGCUUCAGAUAUGAAAGAUUUGAAAAAGGUGGUUAUGGAUUUGAGCGAGAUCAUAUCCUCUACUGUGAAUCCUUUCAAGGAGGAGGAUUAUGAUGUUCAAAUAAUUAAAUCUCAAGUUAAAGCAUCAAUAAAGCUGAUGCACACAUGGAUUGAAGAUGUUUGGUCAGAGGUUAUUUUAAGAGAUUGUGCCAUUUCUGUACUACACUUAUGUCAUAUGGGUAUAAUGCUGGAAACAGUAACCGGUUUGAAUGCAGAGAAUGAUCUGCUUAAAAUCGGGCUUUGUGAAUCGAACACUGUGGUAUCUGAACUGAGGAAUCACAAUUCAAAAUCGAGAAAGGAACUUGAGAUGUGCAGGGCUUUGAAGGGGAAGAUAUUGGCUGGUAUUAAGGAUGGUUUUGAUCGAAUAACUAAGAAGGGAGGUGAAGCUAAUAGUGAAGUGAAAUUGAAGUUGGACAGUUUCGAGAAGAAAAUAUUUGAUUUACAGCUUCAGGAGGAGUUGAUGUUGAAUAGAUUUAAACAAAUGGGAUCUGAACUCACCAUUCUAAUAAAAGAGAUGGAUUUUAAUUCUGAUGAGAUGGAAUGACUUUGAGCCCGAUAACAUAUGAGAAUCGAACUAACUUCGAAUAAGAGACUUGCUUGAUCUCGAUAGAUGACUUAAGUAGGCCAGAGUUUUUCGUGUUUGGAAGGAAAUGUACAAAAUCUUUCCGGAUUUGUAUAGUUGGUUUUAUUUAUUUAUAUGCUUAACUUUAUUAU